AUGGCCACAAAAACAUUCUCUGUCAAUAUGCAAGAAAGUCUGUUCCCAUCUGAGCGAUCUCAACUGGAUGAACCGGAUGAUGAGAACACGUGGUCUCCUAUUCAAGCUGCCGCCGCGCAGGGGGACCUGUGCCGGGUAAAGCGGCUCUUGGCUGAACCUUCAGUGGAUCCGAACGAACCCGCCAAAGGAUACUAUGGACAGACAGCUCUUCAGGCCGCUUCUCAAAAUGGUCACCUUGCCGUGGUUGAGACACUGUUAGCGGCAGGGGCAGACGUCAACGCCCCCGGAGGAAACAACGGCGGUAGAACAGCAGUAGUCUUGGCCUCUGGAGCAGGCCAUCUGGAUAUUGUCCGCCACCUGGUCUCUGCAGGUGCAGACAUCAAUACGCCACCCCACAGGUAUCACGGCCGAACUACCUUGCAGGCAGCCGCCGAGGGGGGUCACAUCCAAACAUUUCGAUGGCUGCUUGAGCAAGGUGUGGAUAUCAAUGCUCUUCCCUGUAAGACUGGUGGCUGUACCGCACUCCAAGCCGCUGCAUCAGAAGGUCACGCCGAUAUCGUGGAACUCCUCCUCCAACAAAAUGCCCACGUAAACACUCCGGGUGCAAGGCAUAAAGGCUUCACGGCUCUCCAAGGCGCGGCUUUUGGGGGCCACCAUCGGAUCCUUCGUCGACUUUUAGAAGCGGGAGCCGAUGUGAAUGCGCCAGGCUCGUAUUAUUUGGGGUAUACGGCGCUUGCGGCAGCGGCGGAGUGCGGUCACUAUGAAAUCGUCCGGACGUUGCUUCAUGCUGGUGCGGAUGUCUCUGUCACAUCGGGAAAUAAAUCAUGGACGGCAGCUCAAAUUGCCAUUUUUCGAGGGCAAAUUGAAAUCGCACACCUUCUUCAACAGGCUCAGCGGUCGGAACUUGGCAUUCCGCAAAGGUUGUGA